UGAGGGCGCUCGUAGUCUUUUUGUAUGUUACUUGUAGGUUAGUUAGUUUCCAAAACACAAAAGGCGACGGUUUUUACCUCUGAAAAAUUAAUUUUACAUUCUCACGAUCGCUAUACAUUUAGUCAGUGCAAUUUGUUUAAUUGAAUAUUGAAAUACCAUGUCUUCGGCUCUUUACUUAGAACAUUAUUUAGACAGCUUAGAACAUCUGCCUAUUGAAUUACAACGAAAUUUUAAGUUAAUGCGCGAUUUAGACACCCGAGCCCAAUUGCUGAUGAAGGAUAUUGAUUCACUUGCAAAUAAUUAUCUCACUUCACAGAAGACUCUAUCACAGGAUGACCAAAAACAAAAACUGGAUAAAAUACAGAACUUUUUUAAUAAAGCCAAGGAAUAUGGAGAUGAUAAGGUUCAAUUAGCAAUUCAAACUUAUGAACUUGUUGACAAACAUAUUCGAAGAUUGGAUACAGACUUAGCUAGAUUUGAAUCAGAAAUUCAAGAUAAGGCACUCAGUUCAAGAAAUCAAGAUGAACCUGCUGUUGGCAAGAGAAGAAAAAAACUUAAAGAUUCCAAGGGUGAAAAGAAAAAGAGAUCAGGUAAUUCAAGUGAAGAAGAUAGCACAGGUGCAGUCAAGUCAAGUAAGAAAAAGAAGCAGAAAGGCACUGGAAAUGCAAGCACAAGUGGAAACAGCACUAGCAAUAAUGAUAAGAAUACAACAAGUGAAGUUGCAGAUGCUUCAUUUGGUAUUGCACAUCCUGGUGAUGUUUUGGACAUGCCUGUGGACCCCAAUGAGCCAACUUAUUGCCUCUGCCAUCAAGUGUCCUAUGGGGAAAUGAUUGGUUGUGAUAAUUCAGAUUGUCCAAUUGAAUGGUUUCACUUUGCUUGCGUCGGUUUAACAACGAAACCCAAAGGGAAGUGGUAUUGCCCUAAAUGUAUUCAGGACCGUAAGAAGAAGUAAGAUACUAUUGUUAUAAAGUAGAUGUACGAAAAUUCAUACUAUCCUCAUUGGUUGGACUUGUAUAGGUAUUUUUAAAGUCAUGUUGUAAACAAUUUAUGGUUUAUUUUGCACCACACACAUGCUUUAUGUGUACAACCAACCAAGGAUACAAAUAGUGAUUUUAAAUCUGUCACUUGUUAUUAAAUCAUUAUUUAUUCCAUAAUGUUUUACUUUAUAUUCUAUGAUAAUUAUUAUAGUUUUUAUAUUUUCUUUUAUGCAAUUGGUAAAUUCUUUCUUAUAUUCCUGUACAAUUUUUAAUUUUGGUUAACAAUUAUUUGAACAGUUAUCACAUUGUUGAUUUACCAUUUUGUGUUACAUUUUACAACAUUGGUUGGGGCAUGUUCUGGGCUUGUUAAAUAUUUUCAAACCGAGCAAACACGUUUGUGAAUAAAUGAUGUGAACUUAUCUAACAA